CAAUAUAUAAUGGACUAUAGUAACAUUAAGAUCAGUGCAGACACUGUUGUGGAGUUUGGUGAACUGUUAAAGACAGUGUCUCCAACUGAUAUGCUCACUCUAUUCUUUAAUGCUCAAGCACAACGUGCAUCACUAUAUACAAGGUUCAAUAAUGGCUUUAAACAGUACUUAGAGGAUAACAAACUUGAAGAGUAUCAGACGUUAUGCUCAAACAUGUCCACUAUGAUGUCAAAGAUAUCAAAGGAGGUCAUUCAGAUUGAGGAUGCACUGAGGCCACUCAGACCAGCUUGGAGUGACAAGAUCAACCUCAUGAGGGAGCAAGAGAAGGCAAAGUUCAUCCUAACUACACAAUACCAGAUACUAAAGACAGAGAUACAUUCGAAUACAGCAACAAAGAAGGAUGAGAAUGGUAAUGAGUAUGAAAUGCCAAUAGCUGCAGGAUCUUGUUAUCAUGAACAUAUUGAGAUGUGUCAACAACAGUUCAAUCAAUGUCAACAACAGCUCAAUCAAUGUGUGCUGAGUAUCAAUGAGACACUGGAAGAACUACAAUACGCACUUCACGACGAGCCUGAGGAGCAGCCUAUCAUCGCCAACAGCAGCGAAACAGGUUGUCAACAUGCUGGACAUGAUGUACAUCAUCAU